AUGGCUUCACCAGGCUUCGAAAUGUCCCUUUUGACGUUGGCUCGGGUGGGAAAUGCCUCCACAACUCUGAAACAUGAGAAUGAGGACCAGCUUAGAAUCCUGCAGUCAUUAGAGUUCGUAGACGAGUGCGGAGCAGAUGAUUUUGUCAAAGUCUACGCAGCCGUUGCUGCCAUGAAUUACAGGAUGAAAACCUUGGAACGCUUGUCUGUUUUGGACGGCGCGCUGAUGACCUAUAUACUACAAGCUCAUAAGGCUUGGCUGACGGGAAAGCUGCAGUUGAUUCGCAUACCGCUUGAGAUGGAUGCAAAUUUGAUACAGGAAAUCCAUGUGUUAUUGUCAAAAGUUCGCCUAGCACCUGCGGGGCAGACACCCUCUGGAAUAACAAAUGAAGAAAUGCAAGUCGUCAAAGAUUUGUUUCAGCGGCAGCUGCAGGAUGUCCAGGGCAUGGAUGGUGCGAACGAUGUCGAGGCUGUUAAAGCUGCGUACCAACGGGCGAAUCAAGUUAACGAAAGGCUCAAAUACAUAUUGCAGAUGCAAAAGGAGAAGUUUCAUUCAGCUUUGAAGCGCCAGACGCUCAGCAAGGAAGAGGCCAAUGAGGGUGCUGUGACCGCUGAGAAUGUUGCCGCAGAUGCUGUGAAGAAACGGUUUCUCGAGCAAUGGCGCAAAGUUGAAUCUUUGGCGAGGGAGCAUUGGUUGAGAGCGCAAGAGACGGUAGAAGCGGCGAGGAAGGUGAAAAAGUACAAACUAGACAGCGAAAGAUUUGGAUCAUCUGGACUGGAUAAGAGAACGAAACUUAGGACUACGGCGGUUGCGAAGAAAGCAGAGUCAGGACUUCCGUUGCUAAGAUUUCAAUGUUUGCAUGAAUUGUCAAAGGAAAUUGAGACGGGAGAUGGAGAGGCCUUCGUAGCAGCAUCAUCUCCAGACCCUGUGGCCUCCUCAGCAGCACAAGAAGCCCCCGAUAUGAUACUGCAAUCGGCAAGGCGGCUAACAAAGAGGCACUGCCGCCUUAGGGGCUCCAAAUGGCAUAUAGGAGGCCGCAACAGCCAAAGGGGGGCCACGAAUGCCACGGGGGUCUCCCCAAUGCCAUACGGGGUCCCAUCCGACAGCAGGGCUCCCAAGGGCGCAGAGGCCCCUUAA